UCUUGUGGAGCCCUGAAGAAACACAAAGCUCUCAUCUCUGCGGAGGCUUGUACUGUGCCAGGAUGGAUGAGAUGGAGAAGUACAAACACCGACUGGAGGUCAUUGCAGAGAAGCGUCGGCUGCAAGAAGAGGAGGACAAAGUCAAAAGAGAAAAGGAGGAGGAGAGGAUAAAACAGCGGCAGCUUAAGAGGAAGUCUUUGAGGGAACAGUGGUUGAUGGACCCGGCUCCUUUGUCCCCGACCUACCAGAACCCCCAGUCCCCCACAAGAUCGGAGGUUGAGAAUACGGAGGAGGAGGACCCAGAGAAACAAGUGGAAGAUGGUCAAACGAAGGCUGUACAAGUAGAAGAUGCCAGAAAUGAACUCGUUCUGCAGAAUGGUGACAAGGAUACAUCGAAACCCGAAUCUCCUGAUGAAGAAGAGAAGCUUAACCAAACCCCAGCAGAGGUUGAAGCUGCGGUUGUUCUGACCAACGGUGGGGGGGUCCCGGACUCAAACGGAGCCUCCGAAGGUGCAGAGAAUGUGAGGGUGGAACCUGGGAUGAAAGUUACUGAUCAGAUUCCAAACCACGAGGAGGAGGAGGAAGGGACCCUGGUGAUGAGAGCCGAAUGCGUGCUCAUCACAGAUGAAGGGGAUGAUGUUUCCCAGGAGCUUACAUCCCAGGAAGAUCAGCAGGGGUCCGUGGAAUCAGACAAAACCCAUCUGCUAGAUCCAGAAGCAGGCGAAGGGGAGGGGGUGGCGGUAAAAACGGAAACGCCUCCAGAAGCUCUGGGGGAAUCGGAGGGAAAAGAGCCACCUGUUGAGCCGCAGUCACUGACACGCCCUCUAGAGGGCGUCACGGUGACUGCAGUGCCGGUCUACACCGAGACACCGCUCCCUAUUAUCAGCCCAGCAAACGAAGAUGCAGCUGCAGCAGACAGAACCGAGCCCGCUGCAGAACCCUCAAACCCUUCCACAGCACUGACACAGUUCCAAGAGGUGCCCCUGACUGGUCCUGAGGACCGGCAAAACAAAGAAUCAGGUCCAGGAGAGCAGGAGCCUCUCCUGGUAAAAGUUGAGGCCUCCAACAGUGCAGACCAGCCGGCAGGCGGGAACAGCACCGCAGGUGCAGAGACACCGGCUCAGAGUCCAGAGGAGAGCAGAACCCCCAAACAGAAAAGCUGCCAGUGCUGCUCCGUCAUGUAAACCUGCUGCCGUCGUCCAUUCCGUCUACAUUCCUACUCUCAUCUUUUUAUGCAUUCUUGCUGCAUUCAUACACUACAUUCACUAACUUCUUCAGCUUUUUUUUUCAAGAAUAAGUCAUCUGUCCAGAAUUAAAGGGCUCUCAUAAACUUUGGUUUUAACCUCGAUAAAUUCUCUUCAUAUUACCAACAAAAACUCCACUCUUUUAUUAAGUUGUAUUGCAUUUUCUUAGUUAACAGAUAAACCUCAAAUAAACCUUAAAAUGUUUUUUAUUGCUGUAUAGACACUUAAAACUGUUUUAUGAAUCUAAAACUGCGAUGUAUCUAAACAUGUUCAGAGAUCUGCAGAGGUUUGUGGAGCACAAUUAGUUUCUUAAAAAAGUUUUUGUAUUUUUUGGGAGAAUAUUUUAUUGGAAAUACUAAUCAGUACAUAUAGGUGGGAUACAAGUUUUAUCUACUUUUUAAAGCUGUUUUGUUUUGUCUGCUUUCUAAAUAAGCGGGCCAGAUUCAGACGAUUGAAAUUCCCUAAAAGUGUGAAAACAUUUGUUGUCGUACAUUAAAGGCUUAACAUUAAAGAGUAAGGUUUGAACGCGCAUAAGUGCUGUAAAUAAAAAUACGUAGAUAUUUGACUUGUUUUUAAGAUUGUUUAAUGAUUAAACUAACAUUUGUGAUACACCAGCUGACUCGUGUGGGCUUUAUCCGGCAUCUCUAGUACAGCAAGAGCGGGAAAAGUUGUUACCAAUUUAACAUUAAAGACCCACUUUAGUGAAAUUAUGUUUUUGGGGUUUUUAACAUAUUCUUGUGGCCUUUUUUUUAACAAUGGAGAGUUUUCCUUGCCCUGUAUGCUAGAAAAUGACACCGGUUUUUGACCCAGGUUAAAAAAAAGCAUAAUUAAAAUUAAAAAAGCACUGGGAAUAAUUUGAAAAUGGAUCCAAAGAUGAUCAGAGAGGGAGUUUGAGGCUUUUUACAUGACUUAUGUACUGAAUAGUUGAUUUUUUUUUUUUUUGUUACAUCUUUUAUACCAGUAGCAUAAACUAUAAUUUAGUUUUUCUUUAGUUUGUAUUCAGUCAAGUUGAGCUGAAUUAUUUUUUUUCCUCUAACAACAUCAAAUUCUAAAAAAUGGUUCUGUUUAAGUAUUUUAGAGAUCAGAUAACAUUUAUUGUGCUGUAUUUGUUUCUGCAGGAUUCAUUUGCUCGCAGUUAAGGUGAAUUUAUGACAUAACUCACAGCUAUCUCAUCUACUGCACGUUAGGAAAUAUUAGAUUCUCAAAACAGGCUUAAGAAUGUAAAAUAUAUUAGAUAUUUUUAUCAAAAUCCGAACUUUAAAGAUUGUAAACUGGUUGACAUAUAUAGUCUUAAACAAGUAAGCGGGUGGCCUUGUUCGCAAGAAAAACUAUCUAAUCAUUUAAAUAUUACAUUCGGGUUUUUUGUUUGUUUGUUUUAUUGUUUUUUUUUCCCUUAAUCAAAAGUCAGUUUUACUUCAAGUGAGGUCUGAAAGAUACUAGAAAUAUUGUCAGAAAAAAAUAAACUUGAUUUAUAAACCACUUUAGUCAGUAGCAAUACAAAGUGCUUUACAGGUUUAAAAUAAAAUCAUGAAACGCACAUUGAAUUUCAGAAUCCCCACCCUAACUAUCAAUUACUUAAAAAAUGAUAUAGUUUAGGACCAUCUAGUGCCUUGUAUUUCAAAAGCAAUUCAGACAUCAUGCUCACUACUUUUUUUUUUUUAAACGGGAGGUAUGACAUCACGAUUUCACAAAUUGAAAAUCCAAUCAAUAAGAGCAUUUUACAACAUCUAUUUAUAAAUCCAUUGUUCUGAAAAUUAAAAAGUUUAAGUAAAAAUUACAUUAAAACACUUUUUUGUAAAAAAAAUUGUGGUCUAUAAAAGAACAUGAGUAAAACUCAGUGUAAAAAGAAAUAACUGUUAUUAAUGUUUUACCACAGAUGGAUCAGUGACUGGCACAUACACAUUUUAAGCUAUAGUUUUUUUUCUUUCUUUUUCAUUUAGGGACAUGUUGAUAUAGCCAAAUUGCUUAAAAUAGUAGAAAUUCAGCUUCAAAGAAUUAUCACAAUAUUCUCAAUGAUAAAUUAAAAAUUCUAAAAAAUAAUUUCUAGUUAGGAGCACUAAGAAAGGGAUUAUGCCAAAGAGGAGAUGUCCACGAUGAUUAAAUGUUUAUAAUCUUUUAUUUCCUGAAUACGAGGCAGUCGUGCCAUCCGAGAAGUUUCUGGUCUUCUGAGUUUAGACUAUUCUGUUCCAGUUAGUCAUAAAAUUCAACCCUUUUUUUAAAAAAAAAUGUUGAAUAAUAUUGCAUUUUGAGCAAUUAUGAAAAUACUCUUCUUUUUUGUCCUGAUUUUUACUUACAAAACACUGGAGUUCAAGAACUGAGACAGCCAGAACGUGAAUCUUGAGUGUAAAUAAUGUCUAUGAACUACGCCCACUCUGUCACUGAACUUUUGACGUUGCAAAACAGUUUGUGAGGCAAAUAUAAACUCUGCAUUAGUCCAGAGCGGCAGAUUGAAAGGAGAAACAUGCUGCGUGUGUUCUUCGCCGUUCUGUCGCUGGUCUCUGUGAGCUUCUCAGCUCCGCUGGACUGUCAGAAGCUGAUCCAGCACUUGGAUGGGUUCGAUCACCUUCAACAUGCUUCUGGAAGAUGGGCGUUGGUUGCAGGCAGUGUGAAAGACAGCAACGGCUUUCUGCUCCAACUUCAAACUACAAAAAGUAUAAGUUUGGAGUUGGGCGAGUCCUCGUUUACCCAGUUUAUCAAAAGUGGCCAUGAAUGCUGGACGUUUUUCUCCAACUUCACCCUGGAAGGCCGCUUUAUGAAGGCGGUGGUAGACGACUCCAACCACACCGUCACCUUCUGGCAGACGUCGUGCUCGGACUGCAGGUUGUUGACUGUUGAAGUGCGCUCCUCGGCGUCCAACUCUGAGGGGAUCUACCUGUUCAGCAGGAGGAGACAGCUGAAGCACGCCGAGAUCUCGGAGUUCAAAAGUCAAGCGGAGUGUUUGAACUUCCCCGCAGUUGUGGAGAUGAAUCCGGAGGAGGAACUUUGUUCUGUCGUUCGGCCCAGAAAUGAAACAUUAAGGACUGAAUGUGACAUUCUGUUAAAAAAAUAUUAACUGAUUGAUUGGAAAGGACCUCCGCCUGAAUCGAGACAUGGAGGUCAACAGCUUUGUCAUCCCUAAUAAAUCUAAAGCUUAAAUCAA